CAAUACACAGAGCAUAUGCAGAACAGAGAAUCACCGACUCUUCCGAAUGUGCAAGAUGAAGAUGAUUUCUUUAGAAGAAUCAAUAGGCUAAGUUCAAAUAGUUACAUCUCAACAACCUUAAUGCAACCAUCAUCAUCCUUGCCGGUGGCUCCGUGUUCCAACGAAGGAACCGAUGACAGGAGAAGAAGAUACAGGGGAGUUAGACAAAGACCAUGGGGAAAAUGGGCAGCCGAGAUUAGAGACCCACAUAGAGCAACACGAUGCUGGCUCGGAACCUUUGAUUCGCCAGAAGCCGCAGCACGUGCUUACGACGAGGCUGCAUACAGAUUCCGUGGAAACAAAGCCAAACUAAAUUUCCCAGAAAACAUCCAUUUGGAACCUCCUGUUCCAUCCCAACAAGAGAAUACGCCUUUAACGACGUCGGCUCCUGCUCAGAUGACAGACCAAAUGUCUAGUAUGAGAGAUUAUUGGGAAUAUUCACAGCUUUUACGAAGCAGUUGGGAUGAGAAUAGUUUGACACUUUCCACUUCAAUGCCUGGGGCUUUCUAUUCUCAGGCUCAACCAGCUGCCGCUGCUGUCGCUGCUGCUGCCACUUCUUCGUCGUCAACUUCUUUACCUAGUUCAUCGAGUUCUUCAUAUCCUCUCUUUACGUCCGACCCACAAUUUGGAUAUGUCCGAUCGCCUGCUAGUCAGAGUAGUGGACGAUGGUCGGAUUUCCUGGCACCGCCGUGGACUGGUUCUGGCCACUAUCCACCUUCCUCGAGUGGAAUAUGAAUUUUCAUCAAAUGCAAAUAAAUAAAUAAAUUAUUUUGUUUUUGUUGUAUAACACUUUAUACCUUGCAUGAAUAUAUGGUUUAUUAUAUUUCAGCUAUUAGUUUGUUUUUC